GUGCACUUGCUGACCGGAAGUGCUGCAGUCUCAUUAGCGCGAGCUCAACAGUGGUGUGAAGAUGGCGGCGUACAGUCGCUCUCCGCUGCUGCUGCUGUUGUCGUCAGUGUGUCUCUGCGGCUUCGGCUCCGUCUUCGGCUUGAAGGCUGCCAGCGGCCCGGCCGACCCACCCAACCCGCCCGUCAUCAGAGCCGCGGAUCCCCCGGGCAAGGAUGCACCUGCUGCCGCCGCCGUCGCUGCCGCCGCCGCCGCUGCCGCUGGGGCCUCACAGCCUCGAAGGGCGACCGGCUGGAAGCUGUCGGAGGAGGAGGCCUGCAGGGAGGACCUGACCCGGCUUUGCCCCAAACACACCUGGACCAACAACCUUGCCGUGCUGGAGUGUCUGCAGGACCGCAGAGAGGAAAGUGAGAUCGCUCCUGACUGCAACCAUCUCCUGUGGAACUACAAACUCAAUCUGACCACUGAUCCAAAGUUUGAGUCGGUUGCCAUGGAGGUGUGCAAGAGCACCAUCACCGAGAUAAAGGAGUGUAACGAGGAGGAGCGUGGACGGGGAUACCUGGUGUCCUGCCUGGUGGAUCACCGCGGCAACAUCAGCGAGUACCAGUGUAACCAGUACAUCACCAAGAUGACCAGCAUCAUCUUCAGCGACUACCGACUGAUCUGCGGCUUCAUGGACAAAUGUAAAGAAGACAUCAACAGCCUGCGCUGCGGCAGCAUCAACGUAGGACACAAGGACGUCCACUCGCAGGGUGAAGUCAUCUCCUGUCUGGAGAAGGCCUUGGUGAGGGAGGCGGAGCAGCAGGAUCGGGCUCAUCCAAUCAAAGAGGAGUGUCAGAGGGCGAUCCUGCGUGUGGCGGAGCUGUCGUCGGACGACUUUCACCUCGACCGACAUCUUUACUUCUCCUGCCGAGACGACCGCGAGAGAUUCUGCCAGAACACUCAGGCUGGAGAAGGAAAAGUCUACAAGUGUCUGUUCAAUCACAAGUUUGAAGAGGCCAUGUCAGAAAAGUGCAGAGACGCUCUGACCACCCGCCAGAAGCUGAUCUCUCAGGAUUACAGGGUCAGUUACUCUCUGGCUAAAGCCUGUAAACUGGACCUGAGGAAGCAGCGCUGCAGUCUGGACACCAGCCUGCCGCGAGCCCGCGAGGCCCGACUCUCGUACCUGCUGCUGUGCCUGGAGGCCGCCGUGCACCGAGGUCGUCCGGUCAGCGGGGAGUGUCAGGGGGAGAUGCUGGACUACCGGCGGAUGCUGAUGGAGGAUUUCUCUCUGAGUCCGGAGAUCGUGCUUCACUGCCGGACCGAGAUCGAGGCUCACUGCUCGGGCCUUCACCGCAAAGGCCGCACGCUGCACUGCCUGAUGAGAAUCGGACGCGGCGACCGCAGCACCGCCGUCGACAGCGUCUGCCAGAGCGCCCUGCAGACUCUGAUUCAGUCCGCCGACCCCGGCGCCGACUACCGCAUCGACCGAGCUCUCAACGAGGCCUGCGAGUCCGUCAUCCAGACCGCCUGCAAACACAUCCGCAACGGAGACCCGAUGAUCCUGUCGUGCCUGAUGGAGCAUCUGUACACAGAGAAGAUGGUGGAGGACUGUGAACACCGACUCUUGGAGCUUCAGUAUUUCAUAUCCAGAGACUGGAAACUGGAUCCCAUCCUGUAUAAGAAGUGUCAGGGUGACGCUGCCCGGCUCUGCCACACACACGGCUGGAACGAGACCAGUGAGCUGAUGCCGCCCGGCGCCGUCUUCUCCUGCCUCUACCGCCACGCUUACCGCACCGAGGAGCAGGGACGCCGGUUAUCUCGGGACUGUAAGAUGGAGGUGCAGAGGAUUCUCCAUCAGAGGGCGCUGGAUGUGAAGCUGGACCCUGAGCUGCAGAAGCGAUGCAUGACGGACCUCGGCAAGUGGUGCAGCGAGAAGACAGAUGCUGGACAGGAGCUGGAGUGUCUGCAGGAUCACUUGGAAGAUCUGGUGUCUACCUGCAGAGACGUCGUGGGCAACCUGACAGAGCUGGAGUCAGAGGACAUCCAGAUCGACGCUCUGCUCAUCAGAGCCUGUGAACCCGUCAUCCAGGGCCACUGCCACGAUUUCGCUGAUAACCAGAUUGACACCGGUGAUCUGAUGGAGUGUUUGGUUCAGAAUAAACACCAGAAGGAGAUGAACGACAAGUGUUCAGUCGGCGUUACACACUUCCAGCUGAUUCAGAUGAAGGAUUUCCGGUUCUCCUAUAAGUUCAAGAUGGCCUGCAAGGAGGACGUUCUGCGCUUGUGUCCAAACAUCAAGAAGAAGGUAGACGUCGUCAUCUGUCUCAGCACCACGGUGAGGAACGACACGCUGCAGGAGGCCAGAGAGCAGCGGGUUUCUCUGAAAUGUCGUAAACAGCUGCGGGUGGAGGAGCUGGAAAUGUCGGAGGAUAUCCGGUUGGAACCGGAGCUGUACGAUCCCUGUAAGUCUGACAUCAGUCGCCUGUGUCCCAACGUGGCCUUUGGUAACGCUCAGAUGAUCGAGUGUCUGAAGGAGCAGAAGAAGCAGCUCAGUCAGCGCUGCCACCAGCGGAUCUUCCGGCUGCAGGAGGUGGAGAUGACCGACCCCGAGCUCGACUACCAGCUGAUGAGAGUCUGCAAGCAGAUGAUCAAGCGGUUCUGCACUGAAGCCGACGCCAGAAACGUUCUUCAGUGUCUGAAACAGAACAAGAACAGCGAGCUGAUGGAUCCCAAAUGUAAACAGAUGAUCACCAAGAGGCAGAUCACCCAGAACACAGACUACAGGUUGAACCCGGUGUUGAGAAAAGCUUGUCGAGCCGACAUCCCCAAAUUCUGCCAGUCCAUCCUGAACAAGGCGAGCGAGGACAGCGAGCUGGAGGGUCAAGUCAUCGCCUGCCUCAAACUCAAAUACGCAGACCAGAGGUUGUCUCCAGACUGUGAAGACCAGAUCAGAGUGAUUCUGCAGGAGUCGGCGCUGGACUACAGACUGGACCCACAGCUGCAGAUGCACUGCUCAGACGAGAUCUCUAAGCUGUGUGCGGAGGAGGCAGCAGCUCAGGAGCAGACAGGUCAGGUGGAGGAGUGUCUGAAAGUCAACCUGCUGAAGAUCAAACAGGACGCCUGUAAAAAGGAAGUCCUGAACAUGCUGAAGGAGAGUAAGGCGGACAUCUUUGUGGAUCCGGUCCUCCACACAGCCUGUGCUCUGGACCUCAAACACCACUGUGCUGCCAUCACUCCCGGCAGAGGAAGACAGAUGUCGUGUCUGAUGGAAGCCUUACAGGACAAAAGAGUUCGUCUGCAGCCGGAGUGUAAGAAAAGACUUCAAGACCGCAUCGACAUGUGGAGCUACGCCGCCAAGGUGGCGCCAGCAGAGGGCUUCUCAGAUCUGGCCGUGCAGGUGAUGAUGUCGCCCUCGAAGAACUACAUCCUGCUCAUGAUCGCACUGAGCGUGUGCAUCCUCUUCCUGGUGGGGCUGCUGUGCGGUCGGAUCACCAAGCGCGUGACGAGAGAGCUGAAGGACCGGUAGAGGACGAGCGCUUCAACGCCUUCGAAAAAGACUGACUCCUCGCACCUCCCUGUACCCUUCCUCCUCCUCCUCCUCCUCUCUCAGAUGCCUGGUCUGUAACCAGCCGACCUGCACAGUGCCAACGCCAAGUGCUCACAUCUGGACCUCCUCCUCUGUUUGCAUCAAAUCCAAAACAGUCCCCAACUCUCACAAAAACCUUUUAAUUUCCAUUUGGGCAUCUCUAAACCACGAGAGACUAUCGAUCGUCUCUCCGAUCGGAGCGUUUUCUCCUCCAUGAUCGUAUUUUUUUUUUCUCUCCAAGCGAACCCGCUUUUCUCCGAGGAUGUUGUUUGGAGUUGGAUGUGAGAUUGUCCGGCAUCUUUUCAGUUUCUAAAAUAAGCGCUGUUCAUGAUGUGACUUUGAGGGCUGCCGCUUCUCUCGCUGAGGUUAGGAUUUCUUUCCCUGCGUUAGGUCCCGAUGCUUUUUUUUUUUGUCAUAUUUAAUGGAGACUGGCGCAUGUAGAGCAACAAAGAAAUCGUUUCAGUUUUUAAGUGACUGCGGCUGCCUGAAUCGCACAAAAAGCAACUUGGAAUGUUGAGGCACACUUUUAAGGUUGAAUUCUGAGAUGUACUUGUUGCUUUGAAAACAUUUUUUCUCAUCUUUCAUGAAGUCCCGUCCUCUUCACUCCUGCACAGGAUCACGUCCAGCUCACCAAGUACAACUCUAAACAUCUUCGGACCAGUUCAGGCCUCCUUCACAAAGGUCAAGCUGAUCUCCAUUAUCAGAAACUUUGUGUGCACUUUUCAUUUUUUUAUAACUUCAUUUAAAUUCUAAUAAUUAAAUCUUUGCACUUUUUUUUUUUUUUUAAUUUUAUUGCCUUAUUUAUUGUUGAUUAAUGACUGAUUCUUAUUUGUGUUUUGUGCAUGUUGCUGUGCAGCUAAACACACCUGCUGAGGAGGUGAAAGUCAGCAGAUGUGAAAAGGUCAGAUUACAGAAGUGGAAACCAAAAUGUUAGUUGCAUCUCAAGUUUUGGAUUGUAAAGAAUACACAAGUUAUGGUGGAAACA